CUGCGGAAUUCAAGGGCCGGCAUGCAGCACACACACACACGAUAGUUGGAGGACCAGAGUAUAGUACGGUACGUAUAUUGAUAGUGAUACCAGAGUAGGCAAACUCAUCAGAAAAGAGGACGAAAGUACCUUCUUCUUUUGACCUGAACAGACCCGUUUCAUCUGAAGAGUGAAGUUGAACCACUAUUUUGGCUGAUGAUUUACAUUUUGAUUCGCAUGGCAAUUGUUAUUUUGGAACAGAAAGAGAAGAAACAGCAGUUAAAGAAACUUGAAAGUGGGAUAUUAACAGCCGGAUUCAGUGAGUCGAGUAGCGUACCAGCGCAUGAGCAUCAAGCCACAACUCGGGGGGCUCUGGUAAUGGUAUGGUUCAGUAAGGCCUAUUGAGAGAUAUUUGCCAAGUGCCGUCGACUUGCAAACAGUCCAGAUUAAAUCUACGUUGGUUCUGUUUGUAUUUUGCCAAAUGAUAAUUUUAAUUUUUGGUAAAUAUGGGACCAGAACUCAUCAGUCUUUAUAAAUAAUGCGUGACUGACUGGCUUCUUGUCCAAAGAAAAAGAAGAAAGAUGUAAUGGGUGUGCCGGUAGAAUUCUUUGAAUCUUAUGAACUAUUGUACAUGUACCGUGAAACCGAGUCAGGAAUUGUUUUGAGCUGGUGAUUGAAUGGACAUAAACUUAAAUAACGGAAAGUAAAUCGUCACUUCAUUAAGAAGAAAAGAUCACCAUCAGCCAUCAUGUUUACUGGGAAUGUCUACAGGUUACUUGUCUGCAUUGCUUUACUUGCAAAACUGGCUCAGCUGAGUGGGGCAUGUCCGGCAAUCUGCAAAUGUGGUUUAGGGGAUCGGGAGAGAGGGAGAGGAAAGUUGGGAGGGGGCAACAAGGCUCGGAGGCAGAUGGAUUGUACUAAUAAAAGUCUUGUGAGACCACUAUCGCCUGAUGUCAUCCCGAGAGAUACUGUGUUAUUGGAUUUCAGCAACAACACCAUGAAGACUAUUCGAGGUGGUGCUUUUACUGGACUGGAUUCUGUUCAAACACUGUAAGUUAAGAAAAAAAAAAUGAUUGGACAUGUUUUGAGUGCAGAUAUAUAUUGGUAUGUGCUUGCAAUCGAAGUGAGAAAUUGCUCAGUAAUACACAGCACUCUAUCAUACCUUACCUUUUAGUUUCUGUCAUGAAAAGAAAUAUUGUGUUAUUUUUGCUUAAUUCUUGAUAAACAUGUAGUUCUAAGAAGCGGGAUAAUUGACAAGUUCUGUACGGUCUUUUUCAUG